AUGGAGGAGGAGCCCAUUAGCCGCAGUAGCAGGCUGGUAGCUGCUGGCAGAGGCAGCAGCAACAAAAGCACAUUCAACAAAUCGUAUCGGAACAUCUUAGAGGAAAGGCAACUGAAGGUUGCAGUGGCGGAUGAGGAUUAUGUGCUCGCUGCGAGGCUUCGAGACGAGCAAAAGGUGCUGCUCGAGAGCCUGCCCCCGGUGCUGCAAUACGCUCUGGGACAGGUGGCUAAGCUCAGGUCAGGCACCGUCCACGAGCAGCUGCAAACCAUCAGCAACCUAGGUAGGUGCGUGAAGGUGGCCGAGGCGGGUGAACCCGCUGUCAUUCCCGACCUGGCCGGUUGCCUAGCGGUUCCGGAGCUGUCAGAUGCCGCGGAGAAGGCCAUGUGGGCCCUAUUCAUGAAGGCGAGGGACCCCCGGAUUAAUGAACUCAUGGCGGAGGGAUGUUCGUACAUGCGAUCUCCGGGAACGUACGACAAAGCGUUGGAGGUCUUCAAUCAGAUCAUCAAGAUGCAGCCCUCGUUCGUGGAGGGUUACAACAAGAGAGCCACGGUACACUACCUGAUGGGCCGAUAUGAGAGCAGCAUCCAGGACUGCCAACUGGUGCUGGAAAUGCAGCCGUAUCACUUUGGUGCGGCGUCAGGCAUGGGUCUGUGUCAGUUGCAGCUUUCCAAAUUUCCCGAGGCGCUGUCGUCGUUCGAGUCCGCUCUUGCCAUCCAUCCAGGCAUGGCCAACAUCCGCCGCUUCGUUGCGGAUCUGCGGCGGCAUGUGCGGUCGGAAGAGGAUGGAGAGGGACUCGUGUAG